UUUCAAAAAAAUUUUAUAUUCUUCCUUAUUUAUGAAAUAAUAAAUAAUUUGAUACUAUCUUUUUCUGUGCAUUUUUACGUAAUAAUUUUUGCAAAUGACAACAUACAAUCGAAGCUGUACAUCUUUAUCACAAAAUCAAUUUUUCCAGCCUGUGCUAUCUUCCUAUCCAUUUUAUCCUCAUACAUAUAAAAAAUUAAUGAUUUUAAAAUUAACAAAAAAUAAAACUUAUUAAACAAGAUGUUUUACUUACAUGUUACAAAAUAAGAACAAGAUAAUAUUUAUAUUUAUGUACACAUUUUGUAACAAAACAAUAUCUCAAAUCUAUCUAUUAUUAAAACGUUGAUAACCAACUUUUCUGCUUUCAUAAAUCACUUCAUUUUAAAUCAUAUCACAUUAUUCAAUUUAAAAAGACGAUUUAAUCAAUCAGUAGAAACAUAUGCGGAAACAGUAUAUGCAGCUUUAUAUGCUGCAGAAAAACCCUCCACGCAGGCAGUAAUACAACUGUGACCAAACAAUGUUUCCCUCGACAAAAUCGAUUUUUCAAGUCCGUACUACCCUCUCCUCCCUUUCUACCCUACUCCAUCCUUUGUCCUCUAAUAUGCUGCUAUUAUCGCUGAAAGUACUUAUUGCGGUCAUGCGCAAAUUUUUUACCAUUCUACAAUCACUAUGGUGCCAGCCAGUCGCCCGCGCACCUUCAACGCGACAAUAUGGGCAAAAUCCCAACGUGGUCUAAUGCGAAUCACGAGAAGGACGUAAUCGACAUUCUGAUAUGGAACCGAUGGUUACUGCGGGUUCUUGGAAUCUGGCCACUAAUAUAUCCGAAUACCACAACGAUCGAAAAGAUUCUGGCAACGUUCUCGUUCGCCUCAUGCUGGACUGUGCUUGGUUUAUUUCUGGUACUCACGAGCAUAUACACCUUCACGGACCGAAGUAUCAUGGGUGAGAAAUUGAAAAUGCUGGGCCCGUUAGGCUACGUGUUCUUUUCUAUGCUGAAAUACUUUUUUCUGGUGAUACGUCACAAGAGUAUUCGACGAUGUAUUCGAAAUCUCAGUACAGAUUGGCACAAGGUUCAAGAAGAAUAUCACCGGGAGAUCAUGAUGAGGGACGCGGAGAAGGGCCACUUGCUGUCCAAGUUCUGUAUAGUGUUCAUGUACUGUGGCGGUUUGUCUUACAACACGGUGAUGCCUUUUCUGUCGCAGACACACGAUGCAAACGAGCAAAACAUUACCAUUCGACCGAUGGCUUAUCUCGGCUUCGAUAUUGUUUUCAAUUUGCAGCUAAUGCCAAUUUAUGUGUUUGCUUUUUCCCUUCAAUGUUUCACCGGUAUCGUUAUGUUCAACAUCACUACGUCGGUAUGCUGCUUAGCGGCUAUGUUCGUCGCCCACGCGUGUGGACAAAUCGACAUCGUGAUAGCGCGCGUGGAGAGCCUUUUCAAGGAAGAACGCAAUCAUAUAAAGUUUGAGAAAUGCAUGGCGAUUAUCGUGCAGCAUCAUGUACGAGCGUUAAAAUUUUCAGCUAGCAUCGAAGAUACUUUGCGCGAGUUAUGUCUAAUCGAAUUAGUGGGAACGACAUUGAUAAUGUGCUUGGUAGAAUAUUCAUUAAUAACGGAGUGGAACAAUAGUGACAGUAUAGCGAUCUUUACAUACUUUUUUCUAUUAGUUUCAUUUGUCUUCAACAUCUUUAUAUUUUGUUACAUCGGGGAAUUAUUAACGGAGCAGUGCAGCAAAGUCGGAUAUACUUCGUAUAAAGUUGAAUGGUAUAAUUUGCCGGGAAAAAUCGCUCUUGAUCUACUGUUCAUGAUUAACACAUCUCGAUAUCCAGUACAAAUUACCGCUGGAAGAUUAAUAAGUCUCUCUCUCGCUAGUUUUGGAAAUGUUUUGAAAACAUCGGUCGCAUAUUUAAAUUUGCUUCGAACUGCCACUGCGUCAUGAAAUAACAUGUAAUCAUUCUGAUACUGUCGACUUCUGACACUCUGAUAAAAAAGCAUUAAUUAAUAUUUUUUAAGAUAAAAAUGUAUACAUGUUAAAUAAAUGAUUUAACGCAUAAA